UUCCCUCUCUUGCUUUUGGCUCAGCUCCCCUUCGCUAUUCCCUCCCUCCUCUCCCUCUCUGCUCACUCUCAGCUUCAGCAGGGUCAGACCACUGACACUCUCCUCAGUGCAAUUCUGUCAGGGAAGGAGUGCUUGUAUAUCUGUGUGCAUGUGAACAUUUUUUUUUACCCUUAAUGUGCUCUUUGGUGCGGUGGCCAGUCUUUUUUCAGAGUGUGAGAGAGGAGAGAGAGAGGAGACUCCUGUGGUGUUAUGAUUUGACUAAACAAACAGACGGCCACAGAGUGGUGCCUCCUCCAGUGGGCUCCCGGGACCACAGAGAUUAACCUCAGACUCUGAACAUCUGACGGAUCUAUACGUCUGAGGCAGCAGCCCCUGUAGAGACAGCCAGCUGGAAAUCCUUCCUCUGAUUUCAGAAAGAGGAGGAGAGCGACUGCUGGCUGGCAACCUCCUUAGACAGCGCGGGAAGACUUGUCUGUGUUUCUAGGAUCUCUCUGAAGAAAAGGGUAAACUGAGGGCUCCCACAAUGAGAAGGGGGGCAGCGUCCAGGUUCCACCUCACAGUCACAGUUACAGCUCUUCUCUACCUCUGUGCUGAGUUGUGUUGCCUGGAGAUCACACCUAAUGACAAAGAAUUCAUCCUAGCCCAGGGCGUUUCUCUCACCCUUACCUGCUCUGGAUCAGGGGAGAUGACCUGGGAGAUGCGGAAGGAUGAUGUACCGUACUUCCAAGUCCAAACUGAGGGCCAGAGCUACCAAACUGCAAAAAGCAGUGCCACAUCCAGUGUUUUGACCUUGAGGAACGUGAGCUGGAACCACACAGGGGUGUAUCAAUGCACUGAUGUAGACACUGGAGAAACUAAAGAGGUGGCUGUGUUUGUCCCAGACCCUGAUGUGUGGUUCAUAGAGAGCUCCCAUGGCAUGGUAUCCAGAACCAGCGAGGAAAGCAUCGUCCCCUGUGUGGUCACCAACCCCAGUAUCAACGUCACUCUGUAUGAGGAGGACACCGGCAUGCCCGUGAGGGGGCUGUAUGUCCCCAGUGAGGGGUACAAGGCUCCGCUGGAGGACAGAGCCUACGUGUGUCGUGGAGAACUGAACGGGGAGGUGAAAGAGUCUCAGGCUUUCAACGUCAUCAGCAUCGCCACUGGGGCCAUUGACACCUACAUCAAUGCGUCAAAGACCUUCCUGAAGGAGGGCGAACCACUGACAGUGAACUGCACAGUGCACGGAGUUGACCUAGUGUAUUUUUCCUGGGAUAUCCCCAAAAGAGAAGUUGAGGCGCUGACAGACGUCCUGUCCGCCUUGCUUGUGCGCUCCUUCUUGAUCUUCCCCAGUGUCACUGUGGCCCACAGUGGACAGUAUGUUUGCCAUGUCCGUGAGAGUGUCCACGACCAGGAUGCCACUGCCGCCAUCGCCAUCACUGUGCUCGAGCGAGGUUUUGUGGACCUAAAAUCUGCACAACAGGAAAUCGUUUCAGUCAAGUUGCAAGAGAACGUGGAGCUGAGAGUUGAGAUUGAGGCCUACCCUCCUCCCCAGAUCCACUGGAGCAAAGACGGAGCCUCCAUCAAGGGAGACAAAACCAUCACUACAAGACAAGAGCACGAGAUCAGGUACAUCACUAUUCUCACCUUGGUGAGGGUGAGGUUGGAGCAGACAGGGGUGUACAAAGUCCUUGUCACCAAUGGAGAUGACUCAAAGGAAGUGACUUUUUACCUGGAGGUCCAAGUUCCCUCUCAGAUUAAAUACCUGACAGACCACCACCUCCCAGGGAAAAGACACUUGGUGACCUGUGAAGCUGAGGGGGUCCCAACCCCAACCAUACAUUGGUACAGCUGUGACAGUAUGCUCAAGUGUAGCAACCAGACGGUUCUGAUCCCAGAGCCAGAUCAUCUGAGCAUUCUGACCAAUGUGAGCUACAAUGAGACCCGUAAAACCGGUCAGGUGCGGAGCCAGGUGACCUUCCACAAGCCGCAGCAGGUCACAGUUCGCUGCGAGACCAGCAACCAAGCCGGGAUUGUCGACAAAAGAGAUGUCAAACUGGUGUCCAGCACACUGUUCUCCCAGGUGGCGAUAUUGUCUGCUGUUUUAGCCUUAGUGGUCAUCCUUAUCAUGUCUUUUAUCAUCCUCAUCGCCAUAUGGAGGAAGAAACCUCGCUAUGAGAUCAGAUGGAAGGUGAUAGAGUCUGUGAGCCAGGACGGUCAUGAGUACAUCUAUGUGGACCCCAUCCACCUGCCCUAUGACCUGGCCUGGGAAAUGCCCCGAGACAACCUGGUGCUGGGUCGCACUCUUGGAUCAGGAGCCUUUGGCAGGGUGGUCGAGGCAACUGCGUAUGGUCUUACUCACUCUCAGUCCAGCACAAAAGUGGCAGUGAAAAUGUUGAAAUCCACAGCCAGGAGGAGUGAGACUCAGGCCCUGAUGUCGGAGCUGAAGAUCAUGAGUCACUUGGGUCCUCACCUCAACAUUGUGAACUUGCUAGGAGCUUGCACCAAACAGGGCCCUCUGUACUUGGUCACGGAGUACUGUCGCUAUGGCGACCUGGUGGACUACCUGCACAGGAACAAGCACAACUUCCUGCAGUACUAUGCUGAGAAGAACCAAGACGACGGCUGCCUCAUCUCAAGAGGGAGCACUCCACUCAGCCAGAGAAAAGGAUAUGUGUCUUUUGGAAGUGAGAGUGAUGGAGGAUACAUGGACAUGAGUAAAGAUGAGCCCUCAAUCUACGUUCCCAUGCAGGAGCAGAUAGACACUAUCAAGUAUGCAGACAUCCAGCCCUCUCCGUACCAGUCACCCUACCAGCAAGACAUCUACCAGGAACAAGGUGGCGGCAGACUGGACCUGGUCAUCAGUGACUUUCCUGUUCUUACCUAUGACGAUCUUUUGGGCUUCAGUUACCAAGUGGCAAAAGGGAUGGAGUUCCUCGCUUCUAAAAAUUGCGUCCACCGUGACCUUGCUGCCAGGAACGUGUUGAUCUGUGAGGGCAAGCUGGUGAAGAUCUGUGACUUUGGCCUGGCCAGGGACAUCAUGCAUGAUUCCAACUACAUCUCUAAAGGCAGCACCUUCCUACCCCUGAAGUGGAUGGCACCAGAAAGUAUUUUCCAUAAUUUGUACACCACCCUGAGCGAUGUGUGGUCAUAUGGCAUUCUUCUUUGGGAGAUUUUCACACUGGGUCAAACCCCCUACCCUGAUCUGCCCAUGAAUGAGUUGUUCUACAGUGCUUUGAAGAGGGGCUACCGAAUGGCCAAACCAGCCCACGCCUCCGAUGGAAUUUAUGAUAUCAUGGGGAAGUGCUGGGAUGAGAAGUUUGAGAAGAGGCCUGAGUUCUCCUUUCUGGUGCACAGUGUGGGGAACAUGCUGACAGACAGCUAUAAAAAGAGAUACAGCCAGGUCAACGACAACUUCAUGAAGAGUGACCACCCGGCAGUAGCCCGCACCAAGCCCCAAGUCACCUCACCCUUUCCCAUCGCCAGCCCAGCAUUUGGCUACCCCUCCCCCGUCGGCCUCCCCGUAUCCCCAGCCCCCCACAACCAGAGCCUGACCCCCAGAGACUUCCGACAAGAGGCAGACACACAGGAAGUCAUAACUUCUUACAAUGACUACAUCAUUCCCCUCCCAGACCCUAAGCCAGAGGAAGUUUUCACUGACGUGCCGUCGGAAAGCCCUGCGAGCUCUCUGGCUCUGGAGGAGGAGACGGACUCCAUGUCUCAGGACACAGCAGAAACUCUUCCAGAGGACAGGCUGGAGGAGACCAAUGAGAGAGAAGCCCUGCUGGGGUCUUCCGGAUCGGCCGAGGUGGAAGACAGUUUCCUGUAGGAACUCUGAGAACAGAAAGCGCUUUUCUAGCGAUUUUUUUCUCUUUAAAUGCCUGAAAACAGAAACGUGACUAGACUAGAAUGUAGCAAAACUGGCACUGAGAAGGCAAUCUUUGUAUUUCCAAUAAGCCCUCAAAGUUUUGUCCUUUUUUAUUUUUUUUCAUUCACACUUAAUACUGAAACCUGUGAAACUGCAAAAUGGCCAAUUUAUUGGAAGCCUGAGAUAAUACAAGUAUGGUACUAUCCUCACACUCCUAUAGCUUACAGUAAGUAGAGAUGUGCUCACUAUAUUUUCCAUUUACUGUUCACCACCAGUGUACAUUUUUGAAAAGCAGGUGAUUUUUUUUUUUUUUUUUUUUUUUUUCAUUGCUUUGUAUGAAUUUUGCUGUUAAUAAUACAAAAUACAAUCAAGACAAGAACAAUUACAAUAUUAAACCUACAGUAUGCAACUUAAGGUAGCAUGAAACUCCAAGUCAGCCCACUCUGCUCCGCCCAGCACUCCCUCUCCCC